UUUAGGAGCCAAUUACAACUUGCGAUUCCAAUGGAGGGGAUUCUUUUGUGACCCUAUGAGCCCAACAUUACAGUGCCCAAAUUUUCAAGAACCUUUUCGUAUGUUUCACCUAUUGUUGCUCAUUUAUUGGAGAAAUUCCGAUAUUAGUGUUUUCACUACGUAGUAGUGGUUUGGAGAGAAAAGGACCAAUUUUAAAUUAUUAUUAAAUAUACAUAAUAGAUACUCUAUAUUCCUUGUAUGUUUUCAAUUUGGAAGCUAAUGGCAAAAUUUAAUUGUUAUAAAAUUAUGUUCGUUAUUGGUGUUAUUGAUAUGGCAGCAAUUUUGUGUGCCGGAUUAGUCACUGGAUAUUUGGGAUAUUUUGGAUAUGUCUUUUGUUCUUCACCAACAUUUAUUUAUUUUGUUGGGGCCUGUAGUUUAUGUUUGUAUUUUAAUGAUUUAAUGUUAUUUUAUUAUUAGUUUGCUGGUCUGCUGAAUCUAUAAUGGAAGUAAUUUUAGCUAUAAAUCGUUGCAUUGAAAUAUUAUCUUCUGA